AUGAACAUAUUGAAGGAACUAAAAGAAGCGCCCAAGGACAUUAAGUUGUUAUGGGCCUCUGUCUUUCUUAGAUUGAUGUCAUAUGGUUUGACAAAUCAAGUUCUUACGUUAUUUUUAAAUGCAAUUGAUAUGAAAGAAGACAAGAUUGGCCUCUUCAUGUCAUUAACCUUAUUUGGUGAUGUUAUCUGCUCAUAUAUUCUAACAUGGUACGCUGAUUCAUGGGGAAGAAGAAGGGUUCUCGUGUACGGUUCAGUAAUGAUGUGUCUGAGUGGUAUUGUUUUUAGUUACAGUCAGAACUUUCACGUUCUAUUAAUUUUUGCUAUUUUUGGUGUCAUUUCGCCAUCAAGUGAUGAAGUGGGACCAUUCAAAUCUAUUGAAGAGUCCAUGAUUGCCCAUUUAUCACCAAAUAAUAAGAGACCCGAAGUUUAUGCGAUGCAUGCCCUAGUUGGUACUAUGGGUAGUGCAUUGGGUGCUAUUAUUUGUGGGUUCUUCGUUGAUACCCUUAAACAUUAUGGCAUUGCUAAGACAAAUUUAGAAUGUUAUAAAUUAGUAUUUUUAUUUUAUGCCCUUCUUGCUUUGGGAAAAGUCAUCAUCAUGUUCUCCUUAUCUGAAAAGACAGAGUUAGAUGGACAUUAUCAUGAGGUCCAUCAUAAUGCUACUGGAUCUAUGGUCGAGGCAAUAGGGGAAGAAACCGAUGAGUUAGCACCAUUAAUCACUCAAAGAGAAGAAAUUGACACUGAUAACACAACUUCCUCUGGAAGACUUUCCAAAGAAACUCGUACCGUAUUGAUGAAGUUAUUGAUUAUAUUCAUGAUUGAUUCAUUUGGUUCUGGGUUCAUGACGAGUGGUUGGAUGGUUUACUACUAUAAGAAAGUAUUUGGCGUGAGAUCUAUAUCUUUAGGAACAAUGUUCUUUUGCGUACAGAUCGUUCAAGCAUUUUCGACAAUCCCAUCAUCCAUAGUUGCCAGAUUGUUCGGUCCUGUUAGAGCGACUUUAUUGGUCCAAGUACCAUCAGGUAUCUUUUCAAUAUUGAUCCCAUUAGCUGAGUCACACUUAUCAUUAUCAAUCUUUCUAUUGAACUUACAUUUUGCUACGACGGCCAUGGACGUCACACCAAGACAGAUUCUUUUAACCAAUUUAAUAACGCCUAGGGAUCUAACCAAGGUCAUGGGGAUUGUCAAUAUCGGUAAAACAUUUGCACGUUGCAUAGGUCCCAUUUUCACUGGUGUGUUAGCAAGAAGAAGUUAUCUUUGGUUAUGUUAUAUCAUCAGCGGUUCAUUGGUUAUCCUGGCAGAUUCCAUAUUAGCCUGCUUAUUUUUGGAUGUUGACAAGAGAAUAUUGAAGCAAAUUAAUCAGUCGUAA